AGAUGUUUGUCAGUCUGUAGGGCUGUUCUAAUUUAGAUAAUAUUAUGAAAUGAGGAAGAAAGAGCUAUAAAAUAAAAAUAAAUACAUACCUACGUGCUGUUGAAGUAUUUUUAAAUUACAAUUUCGUAAUUCCAAAAUCUUUAAUCUCAUGUACGAAGUACUUAGGCUUAACAGAGAGUAUUAAUAAAAUAUGAAACAUUAUUGUGGUUCAAAGACAUAUGAAUUACUUGAUGUGUGUAUGAAUGUUACAUAAAUAUUGAGUAUCAUUGAUAUUACACCACAAUAACUAUAACUAAAGUAAUUAGUAUGUAUCGAGGAAGAAUUUUUUCUCAGGUUUAUCAGCAUGCAAGAAGGCUACCAUCUUUAAAUAUAAAUAGCCUUAAAAUUGAUGCUGUUGAAAAAGCCAGUUUCUUGAUAAGUCAUAGACAACAAGGAACAAUAGCAGUAGAGGAGAGUUAUGUGAAGAGAUUUAUGAAGGCAGUUGGAUUGAUGGACCAGGAAAGAGCACGCUUAAAACUUACAGGGUUUUUCAUAUAUGAAUGUGUUCCUGUAAAAGUUUUAUAUGAAGAAUGGUUUGAGGUGCUAGAACUGCCUGAUACUUUUGCAUCAUGGUUUAUCGUCACAGAACUCCAUGUAUGGUUGUUACUUGUACGUUACAUGGCGGAAGAUGUUAUUACCACUGGUGGAAAAAAUAAAAUCCACAAAGGGGAUGGACAUUUUGUGAGGAAUUGUAUUAUUGAAGCCCUCUGGGCUGACGUGGGGAACCGGAUUAAAUUCUUAGAGGGUGCUAAUCCUACUAUAGCAAGGAAACAAGUAACUGAAUUAUCCGAACAGUUUCAAGCAGCUCUAGUUGGGUAUGAUGAAGGAAUUGAUGAUGAUAAAGUGUUGGCAGCAGCAGUCUGGAGGAGAUUUUAUUCAUUAUCUGAAGAUACCAAUCCAGAGCAUGUUGAAAAGAUUGUUAACUUCAUAAGGCAUCAGAUGUCGGUGUUAGACAAAAUACCUUUUAAGGAUUUGAAGUGGAAGCCACAACUGAACUGGUUAAGUAUACAAGAUCAUUAGUAGCUAUAUAUGUAGAUAUUAUAAUAACUUUAGUUCGUUUGUGAAAAGUUCUAUCAGAAAAUAAAAUAAAAAUAUGAAUA